GCCGGGGCCCCGGCGGGCAGUGGCCGCCAUGGAGGCCGUUCCCCGAAUGCCCAUGAUCUGGCUGGACCUGAAAGAGGCUGGCGACUUCCACUUCCAACCCGCCGUGAAGAAGUUUGUCCUGAAGAAUUACGGAGAGAACCCAGAAGCCUACAAUGAGGAACUGAAGAAGCUGGAGUUGCUCAGACAGAAUGCCAUCCGAGUUCCUCGGGACUUUGAGGGCUGCAGCGUCCUCCGCAAGUACUUGGGUCAGCUCCACUACCUGCAGAGCCGGGUCCCCAUGGGUCUGGGCCAAGAGGCUGCUGUUGCUGUCACCUGGACAGAGAUCUUCUCGGGCAAGGCUGUGGCCCACGAGGACAUCAAGUACGAGCAGGCCUGUAUCCUCUACAACCUUGGGGCACUGCACUCCAUGCUGGGGGCCUCGGACAAGCGAGUGUCUGAAGAGGGCAUGAAGGUCUCAUGCACCCACUUCCAGUGUGCAGCUGGUGCCUUUGCCUACUUGCGGGAGCACUUCCCUCAGGCCUACAGCGUGGACAUGAGCCGCCAGAUCCUCACCCUCAACGUCAACCUCAUGCUGGGCCAGGCUCAGGAGUGCCUCUUGGAGAAGUCGAUGUUGGACAACAGGAAGAGCUUUUUGGUGGCCCGCAUCAGCGCCCAGGUUGUAGAUUAUUAUAAAGAGGCAUGCCGAGCCUUGGAGAACCCCGAGACUGCCUCGCUGCUAGGCCGGAUCCAGAAGGACUGGAAGAAGUUGGUGCAGAUGAAGAUCUACUACUUUGCUGCUGUGGCACACCUGCACAUGGGGAAGCAGGCGGAAGAGCAGCAGAAGUUUGGGGAGCGGGUUGCGUACUUCCAGAGUGCCCUGGACAAGCUCAAUGAAGCCAUCAAGCUGGCCAAGGGCCAGCCAGACACGGUGCAGGACGCACUUCGCUUCGCUAUGGAUGUCAUUGGAGGAAAGUACAAUUCUGCCAAGAAAGACAAUGACUUCAUCUACCAUGAGGCAGUCCCAGCACUGGAUACCCUUCAGGCUGUCAAAGGAGCCCCUUUGGUGAAGCCAUUGCCAGUGAACCCCACAGACCCUGCUGUCACGGGCCCGGACAUCUUUGCCAAACUGGUGCCCAUGGCUGCCCAUGAGGCCUCGUCAUUGUACAGUGAGGAAAAGGCGAAGCUGCUUCGGGAAAUGAUGGCCAAGAUUGAGGACAAAAAUGAGGUCUUAGACCAGUUCAUGGAUUCCAUGCAGCUGGACCCAGAGACAGUGGACAACCUGGAUGUGUACAGCCACAUCCCACCCCCGCUCAUGGAGAAGUGUGCAGCUCUCAGCGUGCGGCCCGACACCGUCCGGAACCUCGUCCAGUCCAUGCAAGUGCUGUCAGGUGUGUUCACGGAUGUGGAAGCCUCUCUGAAGGACAUCCGGGAGCUGCUGGAGGAGGAGGAGCUGCUGGAGCAAAAGUUCCAGGAGGCAGUGGGCCAGGCAGGAGCCAGCCCAGCAGCCUCCAAGACUGAGCUGGCGGAAGUGAGGCGAGAAUGGGCCAAAUACAUGGAGGUCCACGAGAAGGCCUCCUUCACCAACAGUGAGCUGCACCGUGCCAUGAACCUGCAUGUUGGCAACCUGCGCCUGCUCAGCGGGCCUCUGGACCAGGUCCGCGCAGCUCUGCCCACACCAGCCCUCACCCCAGAGGACAAGGCCGUGCUGCAGAACCUGAAGCGCAUCCUGGCCAAGGUGCAGGAGAUGCGGGACCAGCGCCUGUCCUUGGAACAGCAGCUGCGAGAGCUCAUCCAGAAGGAUGACAUCACUGCCUCACUGGUCACCACAGACCACUCGGAGAUGAAGAAGCUGUUUGAAGAGCAGCUCAAGAAGUACGACCAGCUGCGGGUGUACCUGGAGCAGAACCUGGCUGCCCAGGACAACGUCCUCCGAGCGCUGACUGAGGCCAAUGUGCAGUAUGCUGCUGUGCGGCGGGUGCUCAGCGAUCUAGACCAAAAGUGGAACUCCACCCUCCAGACCCUGGUGGCCUCCUGUGAAGCCUACGAGGACCUGAUGAAGAAGUCCCAGGAGGGCAAGGACUUCUAUGCAGACCUGGAGAGCAAGGUGGCUGCUCUCCUGGAGCGAGCCCAGUCCACAUGCCAGGCCCGAGAGGCUGCCCGUCAGCAGCUCCUUGACAGGGAGCUCAAGAAGAAGCCGCCACCUCGGCCCACAGCCCCCAAACCACUACUGGCCCGUAGAGAGGAGGGUGAGGCGGCAGAGCCGGGAGACCUUCCUGAGGAGCUGCGCAGCCUGGCCCCUGACAUGGUGGCUGGCCCCCGGCCGCCAGACACCUUCAUGGGAACAGCUGCCCCCCUCCACUUCCCUCCCGGCCCCUUCCCCAGUGCCACAGGUCCAGGACCUCACUAUCUUCCAGGUCCUCUGCCCCAUGGUACCUACUCAGGCCCCCCACUGCUACCGCCCAGGCAUCCCCAGGUCCCAGCACACCCUGCUGUGGCCGUGGCCCCUGGGCCUGCCCUCUAUCCACCCCCCGCCUACACCCCUGAGCUGGGCCUUGUACCCCGAUCCUCCCCACAGCACGGGGUGGUGAGCAGUCCCUACAUGGGAGUAGGGCCACCCCCACCUGUUGCAGGCCUGCCCUCGGCCCCACCUCCCCAGUUCUCAGGCCCAGAGGUGGCCAUAGGGGUCCGGCCAGCCACUACCACUGUGGAUAGUAUCCAAGCCCCAAUUCCCAGCCACCCGGCACCAAGGCCAAACCCUGCCCCUGCUCCCCCCCAGCACUGCUUCCCAGUGCCUCCCCCCUACCCCUACCCUAUGGGAGCCAAGCCCCCCCUCCCGGUGCCCCCAGCCCAGCACCACUUUCCUCCCAGGGUCCCCACAGCUUUUUCAGCCCCAAGGGUUGCCCCGCAACCCCACCCCUCUCGAGUAGCAUUCGGGCCCCAGCCCCCCCAGCAGCCCCUUCCACUCCCACAUCCACACCUUUUCCCACCCCAGGCCCCAGGCCCCCUUCUUCCACAGCCCCACUUCCCCUUUGCCCCUCAGCCAGGAGUCCUGGGGCAGCUGCCACCCCCCAUGCACACCCAGCUGUAUCAAGGCCCUGCUCAGGACCCUCUGCCUCCCCGCUCGGGGGCUCUGCCUUUCCCCAGCCCUGCCCCCCCGCAACCUCCCCAUCCCACCCUGGCGUAUGCCACUGCCCCUGCCCCCAGGCCCCUGGGCCCCCAGGCAGCUCCACUCUCUAUUAGAGGCCCCCCACCUGUCAGCCAGCCGGCCCCAAGCCCCCACCCGGUGCCUUCACCUGCCCCGUCACCAGGGCCUGGCCCACUCACCCCUCGGCCCCCUGCAGCAGAGCCACCCCCGUGCCUGCGGCGAGGCUCCGCUGCUGCAGACCUGCUCUCCUCCAGCCCCGAGAGCCAGCAUGGGGGUGCCCAGCCUCCAGGGGGUGGGCAGCCCCUGCUGCAGCCCACCAAGGUGGACGCCACCGAGGGCCGGCGGCCCCAGGCUCUGCAGCUGAUUGAGCAGGACCCCUAUGAGCACCCUGAGAGGCUGCGGCAGCUGCAGCAGGAGCUGGAGGCUUUCCGGGGCCAACUGUGGGACACCGCUGCUCUGGACACCACCUGGCGGGAGCUGCAGGAUGCGCAGGAGCACGAUGCCCGGGGCCGUUCCAUCGCCAUUGCCCGCUGCUACUCCCUCAAGAACAGGCACCAGGAUGUCAUGCCCUACGACAGUAACCGGGUGGUGCUGCGCUCGGGCAAGGACGACUACAUCAAUGCCAGCCGUGUGGAGGGGCUCUCGCCCUACUGCCCGCCCCUGGUGGCCACCCAGGCCCCCCUGCCUGGCACGGCUGCUGACUUCUGGCUCAUGGUGCAUGAGCAGAAAGUGUCCGUCAUUGUCAUGCUCCUGUCUGAAGCAGAGAUGGAGAAGCAAAAGGUGACGCGCUACUUCCCCACGGAGCGGGGCCAGUCCAUGGUGCACGGGCCCCUGAGCCUGGCCCUGAGCAGCGUCCGUGCCACCGAAACCCAUGUGGAACGUGUGCUGAGCCUCCAGUUCCGGGACCAGAGCCUCAAGCGUUCCCUGGUGCACCUGCACUUCCCCACUUGGCCUGAGCUAGGCCUGCCUGACAGCCCCAGCAACCUUCUGCGCUUCAUCCAGGAGGUGCACACACACUGCCUACACCAGCGACCCCUGCACACGCCCAUAGUUGUGCACUGCAGCUCUGGUGUGGGCCGCACGGGUGCCUUUGCCCUACUCUACGCAGCAGUGCAGGAGGUGGAGGCUGGGAAUGGGAUCCCGGAGCUGCCUCAACUGGUGCGGCGCAUGCGGCAGCAGAGGAAACACAUGCUGCAGGAGAAGCUGCACUUGCGGUUCUGUCACGAGGCCGUGGUGAGACACGUGGAGCAGGUCCUGCAGCGCCAUGGCAUGCCCCCCCCCUGCAAGCCCCUGGCCAGCACAGGCACUAGCCAGAAGAACCACCUGCCUCAGGACUCCCAGGACCUGGUCCUUGGCGGGGAUGUGCCCAUCAGUUCUAUCCAGGCCACCAUCGCCAAGCUCAGCAUUCGGCCACCUGGAGCCUUGGAGCCCCCGGUUGCCAGUCUGCCGGGCCCUGCAGACCCCCCAGGCCAGCCUCCACUCAGUCUGACAGAACCUUCCCAGCUCCCACCCUCCUCACCCCCUCCACCCUCUCCCAUGCCCGAGGACCCCCAGCCUGUGGAGGAGCUUCCAGUGCCUGAAACCCCCAGCCCAGGGCCCCCCUCUUCCUCCCUGGAGCUGCUGGCCUCCCUGACUCCGGAGGCCUUCUCCUUGGACAGCUCCCUGAGGGGGAAGCAGCGGAUGAGCAAGCAGAACUUCCUGCAGGCCCACAACGGGCAGGGUCUCCGGGCAGCCCGGCCUGCUGACGACCCCCUGAGCCUUCUGGAUCCACUCUGGACGCUCAACAAGACCUGAAUAGGCUCCACCUGCCUGGUCUGUACACUACUUCAUCUCCGGUGCCCCCCACCCCUGGGCCCUUCAGAAUGGGCACGUCUCCUCCCGUUUCCUGCUGCCUUUAGCCUUGGUCUCUCUGGUGGGGAAGCAUCAGAAACCUUGAGUGAGGUUCUGUGCCUCUGUGGGACCUGACCAUUUUUUUUCCAGCUCUUUGCGAUGGAAACAAUAAACAAACCUGUUCUGUGC